CUUUGUUUAUGUAAAGUUUAUGACUGGUGCUUUUCAGCGAGUGAAGCCUUGCAAAUUAGGGACACUUUCUGUAUCUUGCGAGUUAGCUUAGUUAAUAACAAUUUCAGAAAGCCCUUUUAAGCAACCUUGAAUCAUGCGCAAGAAUUUAAGCAGUAGACCUUAGGCCAUGGACAUCGCGAGAAAUGCUGAGACAAAGUUACCGUAUGGCGACGGUGCCAUUGGGCUAUUGAUAAAACGGUGAAGAUGGCAAGCGCCUUUGUGCGUGCAGGCGCAGGACAGCGCGUGGAAGGAUGCAACCCCAGCCUGCCCUACCCCAGGUUGCUCCUGUAUCCACCUGCCUUUCCCGGUGCGGCCCCAUUCCCUUGCCCGUGCGGCCGCCCUUCCACAUGCGACGCCCCCUUGCCCUUCGUGCGGUUCUUGCCUCCCAAUGUAUUCCCUUUUCCGCGCGGCUGCCCUGUGCUGCACCAGCCUCCCCAUGGCUGCUCCAUGCGGCUGCCAUUACUCGCGCAGCGCAUGCUUGCCUUCCAAUGACCUAACCCAUGCAGCUCCCCUUUCCCGCCGGGCGCCUGCCGCCCCGUGUUCUUACCCGUGCAGCGCACUUGCGGGCUUUUUGCGGCCCACUGUGGGGCCUCUCUGUCCUUCCAUGUGCAGUGCCUGCCUCCCCACGCCCUCCCCAUGUGCUUGUCCUUACCCGCGCGGCGCUUGCCCCCAUGCCCAGCUCCUGCUUCCCCAUGCCCCCAUUCCUGCGAGCAUUUGCGCCAAUUUGUGAGCAGGGCGGGGGCGCUGGUUCCAUGGCCGUGGGUGGUUGUGUAGGAUGGGGGUGUGUCAUGCACGCAUUGGUGUUGGUACUUGGGCAGAGCGGGGAUGCAUGCGUACAUAAAUCGGGAGCAGUGGUAAUUGGGCGCGGUAAUUGUGUACCGCGUGGCCGCUGGUAGUUGGGCAUCGCGGGUACACAUGCAUGUAACAGUGCCGGUUUAUGGGCCAGGUGGAUAUUGCCGGGUCGGUAUGCAUUAACACAUCAGUGUCGAUGCAUGCGUGGGUACGACAGGGAUGCUUGGGCGCAGGUGGUUGGGAAGGGUGGUGAUGCUUGCAUGCAUGGCGCCAAUUUCCGUCAGGACGAGAGGAUUUCUGCACGCAUAAGCACCGAUGGGCGGGGAUGCAUGUCCAUGUGGGCGUCGCUAGCUCGCGGGGCAGGGAUGCCUGCAUGCAUGGGUUCAACAGGGCGAUGGCUGCACGCCCGGGGCUCCCGUACUUUGGUACGGCCUCUCCUCGAGUGUUUAUGCGAAUGGGUGUGUGUCACGCAUGCACACAAUGGAUAGCCUUUAUAUGUUGUGUAGCUGUGAUCCAAGCAGGGAACUGGGAGGCCUGGAGUUGAGGAGGCAGCUACAUGGAGACAAAUGCAAGCCAGGGUGCAGCAGCAGGAGUUGCAACGGCAGCAGGAGGAGGUUCGAAGGCAGCAGGCGGCCACCGCGGCUGCCGAGGCCAGGGCGCAGUCCUUGGCGGAGGAGCUCGGUCGCAUGCGGGCGCAAGCGGAGGCGGCGCAACGUGCCAUGCAGCAGGAGCUUCAAGAGCUUCAGAGGCAGGUGUCGCAGCUGACGCGAGGACAAGGCCAGGAGGCGCAGCAGCAGCAGGUGCAGGUGCAGCAGUGGACGGACGCCCUAACGCCCCAGGCAGCGGGAAGAUGUGAUGUCGUACAAGGCAGAUGCGAUGCAGGCCUCAUGCAGGGCGGUGGUGGUAUCACUCGCACGCCCUCCAAUGAGGCGUCGGGUAUCGUUGGCAGCGUGAGAAGCAGCCUGUUGGUGAUUCCGGCCAUGGCGACACCUCCCAUGGGUCGCGGUGGCGUUAUCGCCACCCCGCAGGCAGCCGCGGCCCCUGCGGUGAGCCCGGUGGACCGUCGUCAGCUGCUGACCCCUCCGCAGCCUCCAAGCAGACCUGCGGUGCUAGCAGCAUCCGUGCCCGCAGUAGCAACAGCUGUAGCUGGGGGCAAAGUCAACAUGGCUGCUGCUGAACCAACUCCGGCUUCCAUCCGUUCUUUAAUUGAGGCGCAUGGGUCAUCUGGCGGUAUUACGGCUGCCGCGUUGGUACGGCACUUUCAGGCGGCAGCAGCAGGGUGCCGUGCGUGGUGCGAUGUGACCCCUGGGUCGGUGCCACACGACAAGGCCAUGGAGAUUCGCAACUGCGUAACCAAGGCGCUUCAAGAUCUGGUGGACGACUUUGAAGUGGUACGGCAGGGCGUGGGGGCUAGCAAGCCCUCCGUGGAUGUGACUUGUGAGCAAACGUCUUACUUGCUGAUGUGAUGCUGAUGGGGUGCUCUACAAGUGAUGCGAGGUGGGUGUGGACUGUGUAGGGGAGUAACGUGAGCAAGAGAGCUGUUUUACGGUGAUGUGUGUGACAUGAGGAGAGGUGUGCCCGAUUGUGAGCCCGCUUGUGAGUCUAGGUUUAUUUAACGUGACGUUCAGAGUUGGCUGCCUUAAAUGAGUGGUAUCGCAAUGCUAACCGAGUUGCAGGCUCGUGUGUGUUGGGCUCCUUACGCCCCAGCGGGCGCUAGCCAGUUGCAUGUCGCUCAUAUAUUCCGUUGGUUGCUUACCGUACAAUCGCUAAAGCAUUGCCUCUUUACUAGCUUCACAGCAAUAGGGAACAUGCCUUGUUAGCUCUUGAGCGUAACUUUAGUGUGACAUUGCGGACCACAAACGUCUAAGCGCUUUCAUUGCAGCACUUGUAGUCCGUUUAGCCUGUGACGUACAUACGGAAGUACGAACGCAUGAUCUAUGCGAGGAGGCUUAUUAGGUAACGGUCUAGCCAUUUACCAUGUAGAGCUAUCCGCUGCUGGCAGCAUGCUUAGGGCUCACCGCUAGUGGCCGUUAUGACGUUUGAAGAAUUUGCGCUUAUGUUGGCUCUAGUUUAGGUUGAUGCAUAAUAACAAUAGGAUGUCGGCUUUUGAUUGAAGCCAUGUGAUGUGAACAAGCCUGGGAAAAAGGCACGGCAUCGAGGAGGCUUUUGGCUGUAGGUUGCCCUAGUUGUUUGGUGACCCAUGGGUCGUGUGUCUCUGGCAUACUUGGCUUUCUGAUGCGUGAACGUAGGGAUGGAUUUGACACGGUUACAAACCAGAGUCCAAACUCAUGUUGACCAAGUAUGGCGUUGGGAGGAAGGC